CCAAUCUUAGAACAGAGACUGUUGAAAAAGGCACAGACAUGUCAAUAAAGGACCGAGUACUGCUCAUUGACUCGUUUUUGAGUGAUGUUCCGGAUAAUGUAACUUCUGGAUCCCAUGAAAUUAAAACAGAAGCGACUGUUUCUUUGACAAGAGGUUCCGAACAGUCUGAAGAAAUAAAAGUUGCCAUAAAGGAGACAGCUGAUGGUGUGAGCAAGAGGAAGACAGAUGGUGGUCUACAAGUGAUUGUGGAAUCGGUAACCGAUGGACACCAAGAUGAGGUUGCUAGGGAAAGCUAUCAAUUAGAUAUCUUAAAAAGCAUUGUGUAUGGUGGUUUGGUAGAAUCCAUCACAAGCCUUGGUGUUGUGUCAUCUGCAGCUGGUUCUGGAACUGCCACUCUGAAUAUUCUAGUGUUGGCUUUGGCGAAUUUGAUUGGUGGACUUACUCUCAUUGUUCAUAAUCUGAGAGAAUUGAGAAAUGAUGAUCCCCGGCCAACUACUGACCAAUUGAAUGAGCAAGAAGAUCGAUACGAACGGCUACUUGGGAAGAGACGGAAUUAUACAAUUCAUGCAGUAGUAGCUAUCAUAUCAUUCAUUGUGUUUGGGUUGGUCCCUCCGGUUUUAUACGGCUUCACAUUUCAGAAAACUGGCAACAGAGACUAUAAACUUGCGGCAACUGCAGGAGCUUCUCUCAUAUGCAUCACUUUACUUGCUAUAGGGAAGGGUCAUAUUCAGAAUCGAUCGUACAUUAAGACUGUAUUGUAUUAUUUAAGUAUAGGGUUUGCAGCCUCUGGAGCUUCUUAUGUUGCAGGUGACUUGCUAAAUGAACUUAUUGAGAAGCUGGGGUGGCUCAAUCCAAGUCCAAGUCCAAGUCCGAGUUCAGGUGUUAGUGUUGCCAUGUCUUUUUCAGACAAAAUACUGACGGGACAGGGAUGGGCAUCAAACUGAGUUUCUUUCUCCUGCUCCCAUGGAACUAGUAACUGGGAUUUUGCUGUGAAGUUUCUGAUUGUAAGAGUCAUAGACUCAAGUUUUUAGAGGAGUUUCUCUGUUUUCCAAGUUGAAGAUGAAUUUUGUAAUGCUGCCUUUUUUCGUUUUGCUGUAUUGUUAUCUGUUCUUUGUACUUCAUGAUGAAACCUUGGAAAACUUAUUUAUGGUGCAUUAUUGUAUGUUGAAAACAUGAA